CGGAAGCAGUGUGUGUGUUUGUGAGUGUGUGUCUUGCCUCUGGUCCUGGACGGCUGCUGCCACACUGGGCUCAUCAGAACGGAGUCGAACCCAGAACCUUCCGGCCGCGGGUCCUCGACUGUCCUCAGAAUCCCUGUGAUGCCCCAGGGCGGGCGGAGCUGGUCGGGGUCGCGAUGCCGUACAAGGACCGUCAGAACCGCAGCUGUGGCUUCCUGGACAUCGAGGAGAACGAGAGCAGCGGCAGGUUCCUGCGCAGAUACUUCAUCCUGGACACGCAGCAGUGCAGCCUGCUGUGGUACAUGGACAACCCACAGAAUCUGCCUAAAGGUGCAGAGAAGGUGGGAUCUCUGAAGCUCACCUACAUCUCCAAGGUCAGCGAUGCCACCAAACACAGGCCAAAGGCAGAGUUCUGCUUCGUCAUAAAUGCAGGAAUGAGGAAGUUUUACCUUCAAGCCAAUGACCAGCAGGACUUAGUGGAAUGGAUCAGUGUUCUCAACAACGCCACCAAGAUAACUGUUCCAAAGCCCGGUGAAGGCCACACUGUCCACGCAGAGCCGCCACAGGACGUCCAGGGAAUGAAGCAGGUCUCCUACAAGACUGAGAUCAUAGGAGGGGUCCCUAUCACCACCGCUACUCAGGAGCAGGGAGAAGGGCAGAACGGGGGGGAGCGAGGAGCUGUGAAGCGGACUCAGAACCAGCUGCCCUACUUCCUGUCCAGAGGAGCCCAGGACCAGGCCGUCAUCAAGGCCGGAUACUGCGUCAAACAAGGAGCUGUGAUGAAGACGUGGAAGAGGAGGUACUUCAUGCUGGAGGAAAACGCUCUCAGCUACUACAAAUCAGACCAGGAGCGCGAGGCGCUGAGAGUCAUCGCUCUGAAGGAGAUCCACAAAGUUCAGGAGUGUAAACAGAGCGAGCUGAUGAUGAGGGACAAUCUGUUUGAGAUGGUCACCAGCUCCAGGACCUUCUACAUUCAGGCUGACAGUCCAGAGGACAUGCACAGCUGGAUCAAAGCCAUCUCAGGAGCCAUCGUGGCUCAGCGUGGCCCCGGACGCUCAGCCAACACUGUGCGUCAGGCCAGAAGGCUGUCCAGCCCUUGUAUACAGAGGUAUACUCCCUUCUGCAGUGGGGAAUGCAGCACGAGCACAGUGACCAGUCCUCUCCGUCCCCAACGUCCUCCUCCACCUUCUACUACCCCCUCGAGCCGGAACUACACUACCCACAAUCCUCAGCGGGUUCUCAGUCUCACGCUGGACACGCCCCAGCCGGACGACUUCCUGGGCCUGCUCCCCUGGAGGCUGAGCCGGUCGGGGACAGGGCCCCUCCCCCCACGCUCCCGCCUGUCGCUGCAGGAGACGUCCCAGUCCUCCCAGUGACGGAGAACCAUUCACCCUGGAAGCACCGCAGCGGAGAGGAGGAGCUUAACCGCUGCCCCCCCGAGAAAUCUGACCUGCAAAUUACCCUCAUUUGAUGAAGAUCAAACUGAUGAUCGACAAUCUCUUGAGGACACACACACACAAACACACACUCACUUUUACACACUUAUACAUGAGCUCCGUAUGAUCCUCCUACUGAACUGGGACCAGUUGGUUCCUUCCUGGGAACAUGUUUUUAAAAAGUAUGUGCACACAGAUUGCAUCUUCUUCUGCUCCAGUUCCCUUCUGUCGUCUUCCAGCCUUCUCUUCACCAGAGGUUGCUGCUGACAGACACACACACUGUGUCUGUCACCAGAUGUUGCUGCUGACAGACACACACUGUGUCGUACAUGAAUUCUCACCUUUUCAGCCGUCUUGACAAACAUAGAGAAAUAUCAACCUUUCACGCUUUAUAAUUUUAUGCUCCACAAACGCAGCGGAGCGAUGUUCCAGCUUUGCUCUUCAUUUUUAUUAUUUUACUGCGAUUUUGUUCAUACACUGUAAACAAAGAUGGACGACAAUCAUCUGAACUUUCUCCCACUGUACAAAAGUUCAGCUAAAAAAUCUAAGAUAUCCUCAUCCCGCCCUUUAAACAUCACUGGAGUGUGUCCAGUAGUGAUCGAGGUGUGAAGCCGUGGUUCAAGGUCCUGACUUUAGACAAGUUCAAAUACGUCUCAGCUGUCAAUCAAGACGUCUCAGCUGUCAAUCAAGACGUUUCAGCUGUCAAUCAAGACGUCUCAGCUGUCAAUCAAGACGUCUCAGCCUGUUUCUUUAUCCUCAAAUAACUGAUUCCAACCAAACUGAUCAGAAACACCUGAACAAACAUCAGAGAGAGAAGAACGACCUGAAAUGACAGAAACCAUCUGCUAACAUGGAGGAGACAGGGUUAUUGAGCUAUACUGCAGCCAGCCACCAGGGGGCAAUCCAGAUGUUUUGGCCUCCUUUUGGGAGGUGUCGUCCAUUUUAAUUUACAGUGGCGUGACUGUAGUUUGUUUAUAAGCUGAGUUUCAGAUAUUUUCAAACCUGUAUAAGCUUUUUAUAGAUUUUAGAAAGAUUUUUAAAAGAUGAAAUUGUCUAAUGAAACAAUCUUGAAUUCUGUUCCUGAUGUGAAGUUUUCUGUUCUUCACAGAAAACCUCCUGAGCUCAGUGCGUAAAGUCAAACUGUUGAAUAUAAGAACUCAAAGAACUCUGCUCUUUGUGUCAUGUCUUCAUGUCUUCGGGACUGAAGACAUGAUUCUCUCCUCCUGCACUAAACCUCCAUGUCCCGGUGUUUAACUCCACCUGAUGUCAUGUGUUGGUUUAAAUGUUUAGAUAAGGAUCUUAGUUUGAAAGAUGUUGGCAGACACACACAUGUUGUUCAUUUGUAAAAGUUGUUUUUGAGCUUUCAGCCGUUUUCAGGUUUUAUUUCCGUCGGCUGUGAACGGUUGUGGGUUUUACUCUUACCUGGUCUGAUGUGCUUUUAUUUUGAUAGUUUCUAUUAUUGACAGUGAUGAGAGAAAAAAAUGUAUGUUGUUUACUGACUUUUAUACACACACACACACACACACACCCUGCGGCCCCAUGUUAAACAGACACUGGGUUAAGUGCCUGCAUCUAAAGAGCUGAUAAGAAAGAAAAGAGCAGUUUUGACCCUUUUUGUGUUUUUUCUUGAUUCUUGGACCAUUUGCUGUAUUUAUUAAAAUAAACUUUAAAAUAAGUUUCA